AGAAGGAUUUAUUUUAAUUCAGAAGCCUAGAUGCUUUUUUUUUUUUUUUUUCAGGCUUCAGUUUGACUACAGAAUUGGAAGAAACAAACUGUAACUGGGGAAGUUUUUUCUCUGGAGGCCUGUGCCUACCACUGAAAUAUGUCUUGAGUGAUGCUGUAACAGAGUGGUGUGGCUGACAGCAAAACCGUGAUGGGAAUAUAGUGGUCUGGAAAGAGCAUCAAAUACAACAUAUCCCCACAACACUAACACAGCCCUACUUGACAGAGUUUGGUGCUGCUGAAAUUUCCCUUAGCUGUGGAGCAGGCAUAGGCCCUUUGCUGGUGGUGCAGCAGUCACUAUUCAUGGUUUAAGAGUGGCAGACCUAAUUUCUUCCUGUACAAAAAUGUAUUGAAUGUCUGUGUGUGUAUAAAUAUGUAUAAAAAUUUGCAAGAACCAGCUUUGCUGCCCCCCCAGAGCAAUGUAUUACCAAGGUUUGCAGCUGCAUGGCUGGGCAUGUUGAGCUUGAUACAGAAACCGUAUUGUGGCCUAAUGCUUCUCUUUCUCCACAUCCAGGCUUCUGAUGAGCAUCUUACCUGACUGCUGUCAUGAACUGCCGGAUAGGCAGCAGAUCACUGGUAACAAAAAUAGGUCUCUUCUGGGUCCAGAAUCAGUCUGUAGGGCUCAAUGUCCUGCUAAACCCAUCUUAGACUUGUUAUGUUAGAUGCCAUCUGGGUGAAGUGGCUUUGAGCAAGAGAACACCCAGAGCUCUUGCUAUGCAAGAAAAAACACUGCAGUAUUACUCUGGGGGAGUGGGAAGGCAGCAAAGCUGGUCAUAAGAGGUGAGCAGGGGUUAACUUGUCCCCAGAGGUGAAGUAGUGUUAAUAUUCAAACAACAGGAACGAUUCACUGCAGCCUCUGGUUUCUUUGCGUGGUAGAGAGACAGGCCAGAGAAAAAUCCAUGCUGCUUCACAGUUAAACACAUGGUUUAUGCUCCAUCUGCAUGGAGCAUGGAUUCUCUGCAGCACACUGGACAGGUGUCAUAUCUUUUAAUAUGUCUCAGACCAAGUCAAAGAGAAGCACAAGAGUAUCUGCAACCCGUCUCUACAGGAAGCAGUGCUCAGCUGUCUGAAAGUCUGUGCUGUCACAAACUUGCAUGCAGAACACUAGCUUCUGAAAACCCUCUGCUGGCCUGAGGAGCAAGCCUGUGUCUGAUGUCAUAAAUCAGUGACAUCAGCCAAGCCUCUAGUGCUGCAACUGCCACUUGCCUUUGUCCUAGGUAGCAUGGUGGAAGGGUAAUGGUAAGAGGCAUGUCCAUCGCUAGCUGUAAGGCAAUCACAACUGUACGAGGAAAGCCUGUAAGAAAGGCAGCACCAGCCACAACCCCUUCAAAGCCUAAAGGGGACAGUCAAGCCUCAGUGGCCAAGGGACACCUCAAGGCAGUGAAGGAAACUAGAGCCAUAGUCAUAGACCUUGGCACAGGAUACUCUAAGUUUGGCUUUGCGGGGGACCCCUGGCCUUCCCACGUAAUUUCGUCAACAGUUGGCAAGCAAAUACAGGAGACUGCUAAGACUGGGAACAAGCGAAAAGAAACCUUUGUUGGCAGAGAGCUUCAGACCACCAGUGUACCUUUAGAGCUUAUCAACCCGCUAAGACAUGGUAUAGUGGUGGACUGGAACUGCGUCCAAGACACUUGGGAGUACAUUUUCCACACAGCGAUGAAGAUUCAGCCAGAGGACCAUGCUGUUCUGGUGUCAGACCCUCCCCUGAGUCCCACCACUAACAGGGAGAAAUAUGCCGAGAUGCUGUUUGAAGGCUUUUGCGUGCCUGCCAUUCACAUUGCCUACCAGUCUCGGUUAUCCAUGUACUCUUAUGGAAGAACCUCAGCUCUCGUGGUGGAAAGUGGCCAUGGUGUUUCAUGCGUGGUUCCUAUCUAUGAAGGUUAUAUCAUGCCUAGCAUCACUGGGAGGGUAGAGUAUGCUGGCUUGGACAUCACACGUUAUCUCAUGAAGCUACUAAAUGAGUCUGGAAAGAGGUUCACGGAAGAUCAGCUAAGUAUAAUAGAAGACCUUAAGGAAAAGUGUUGUUACACCUCUCUGGAUCUUGAGCAGGACUUGAGUUUGCCUGUUAGGAAACAACAAAUUGAUUAUGAGCUGCCAGAUGGACACCUCAUCACCAUAGGCAAGGAGAGGUUCCUGUGUGCUGAAGCACUCUUCAACCCAGCCUUGCUUUGCUCGCAGGAGCCAGGGCUUUCACAACUGACAGUGACCUAUUUCAAGAAGUGCGACUCUGACCUCAAGAGAAGAUUGGUGGGGAACAUCCUGCUGUGUGGAGGCAGCACUAUGAUGGCUGGUUUUGCUGACCGCUUCCAGAGCGAACUGAUCUGGCUAUGCCCAAAUGACCACCUCAGCAUAGCUGCAUCCCCUCAAAGGAAGUCUUCCGUCUGGAUUGGUGGGUCUAUUUUGGCCUCGCUCCAAUCCUUCCAGCAGCUCUGGGUUUACAGGAGGGAAUACGAAGAACAUGGUCCUGCCUGCAUCUUUAAGAAGUGCUUCUGAGAAUGACACUGGUUAAGCACAUCCUUAGAAAGACUAAUGUUGACAAAGGGCUUGAUUCAGGUACCAAGAACACCCCUCUUGCUAUUAUUAAAAUACAUUAAGAGACUUCUGCCGCAGCUAUGUUGUGCUCACACUAUUGCGCCUGCAAUUGGUUUUUAUCUUUUUUGUUUAAUAAAGCUGGACAGCACUUAGCAGGGGAAUAGAUUUCACUCUAACGAGAGAAUCAGACUUCCAUACAGCCACAUCUGCUUAGGAAUUGGGGCAUUUCUUAAGCUAAAUGCAUGUUUUUGCCUUAGUGGCUUACCUCUGUUACUGAGAACUACAUCCAUUUGCAAGAGCCUCCUCAGAACUUAAAAAGCAAAUUCAAUGUCUCUGUCAAGACAGCAGCUAAUGCAGAGCAUCUUUCAAGGUGAAAUGCACCUCUGAGAAAGCCAAGGAGCAUCAUAGCAAGAAGUUACGUGAAAGUAAACUGGUUGCUAAGUGGAAAAGCAGGACGCAGGACUACCCCGCUGUAGGCUCACAGUGACCCACAAUGAAGCCCCUGCAAUGGAAGAAGGCUCACAGGAGAUGGGCAAGGGUGAGGUGCUUAUGAAUGAAGCUCAGAAAGAAUAUAAGGAGUGACUGUCCACAGCUGCUGCAAAGAAAGCUGAAUUUAUCUAAGACACAGACCACCUCUGGUGCCCUUUGUGUGGAGAUUAAGGGCUAUAUCAGUUGAGUGGUUCAAUCAGUUGUGUAAAUUUUUUUUUUUUUUUGACUUACUCAAAAGAGUAUGAACGUCUUCCUGAGUUAGUCAGGCCAGCAUGGGGUGGGGGAAGAUGACUUGGAUCAACACAGAGUAUAAAAACUGAAACAACUGAAAAAAGAACUCUGAAGACAGCAGCAGCAGAAGACAGCUCCAACUGGUUUCAAUCCACAUAUUUCUUCCCAGCAACUGGGGGUGCCCAGCACUGUGACAGCGAACAUAUUAUAGAGAUCAGAAAUGGGAAUCACAUUUCCAUUGUGAUGUAACUGUAUAUUGCAAUUGCUAUAUUCUGCUAAGUAGCGAUUUCCGUAUAUUGCUAAAUCACUCUGCUCAAUGAAAAUCCCAUCUAACAUCAAGCAUAGUCGAUUAAGUAAACUUGAUUGUGAGCAUUACACCCUACAUGUGUGGAAUAUCUAAAAGAAUCCGCUCCAACAGCACUGGACCCUGACACAUACUGACACCAGGUGCUGGUUCCCGCUCUACUGCUGACUUGUCAAAGUUCACUCACAACAAAGGGAGCUGGGGGGAGACAAUGGAGUUCAGAGAUGAAUUACAAGAUGAGUGACUUAGAAGUCUAGUCUUCCAUUGGGAAGGCAAAAAGAUUUCAACUUAUUUAUCCUUGAUGGGAGAAAAAGAAAACACAUCUAAGACCAGAGGCUCUUCCCUUUUGACCAUCACCAUGAUGGAGAAGCGGAAGAACCAAGAUAAACACAUUAAAGGAAAUGGAGUGUUUAGGUAUGAGCAUAAAGUCUCACAAAGCCUGCAGUAGUUUUACCAUUUCUUAAAGACUGAACUCCUUUCUAAAAAAAUACAUAAGGCUGCGCAAGACCUGAACAUUUCCUGGCAACAGAUUUAGGAGUGUCAGGAAUCGGGAAUGUCAGUGUCACAUUCCAGUUGCAGGGAGGGGGCCAUAGCCUAGAAGGGACCGCACCCUGCCACUCCUUUCAUCAGAUCUGUGAGAUGGCUUCCACCUUUCCUUUUGGACAAGGUGCUACUACCAUUUUGCAGACUCAGGUACAGUAAAACACUCAGGCCUGGGCAGCACUUCAUGUGUUUUGCUUUCUCAAGGCUGUAUUCUUGGAGAACCUCUCUCCGUUUUAACCACAGUACUUGACAACAGGCUUAAGCCAUGUCCUGCAGCACUGCAAAAUAGGCCAUCUAAGUCAGACUGGGAAAUAAGAUUCUGUGCUUCAUGUGGCACUGAUAUUGGAUAGUUUUACCACUUCAACAACCCCAAGGCAGCACAGCAGAUACAGUGCAGGCACAUGUGGCCAUCCCAGUGCUACUGAUGGGCAACACAGUCACCAUGCAUGUCACCAAGAAAACAAUGCUUUAGCAGGGCUGUAUACAUGCAUAAUGCCAUGUAAUAGCGACACAGGUCAUGGCUGUGCACAUUACAGUUACCUGAAAGAGACAGGAAAUAGUUCAUUUGUGCUGGCAUUUUUCCAUGGUAUGUAACUGAAGAGGUUUGCAUUGAACACAACAGCUGUCAGGUCAAAAUUAUCUGGCAUGAAUGAAGGCUGAGGCCACUGAAAGUGUUCCAGCCUCACCUCCAGAACUCGUCCCCUUCCUCGGCUCCCAGGACUGCUGCUGUUACUUACCAAGUCAGGUCAUAGAAGUAUUCUGGGGUAAAAAAACUAAUUCUCAGGUGUGAGGUCAGAUCACUUUCCAGGUGAAACAAUUUCCUAAUAGCACAGAGUACAAACAGCUGAGCUGCCAGUGCCAUGCAGCAACAUUAGCUGUAUUUUUGCUUUAAGAUCAAAUUUAUUUGGGUAGUGUUAUCCAGCAGUGUGUGACACGCACACCUAUUCUCCCCCCCCACCCCCACCUUUGCUCAUGUUCUUAUGUACCCAAGAUCUUCCUAGUGCAAAUGGACACCAUUUCCAGGAGAGUAGCUGCAGUCAGUGCAGCAAAAUUUACUCCAAUGUAACAAAAAGAUUUUGGUGAAAAUCUGCUAUUGCAAACAGCCAACUUGAAGAGAUAACAUAACUCAGGACAGCAGACCCAGUGUUCAUUUGUAUAGCCACUACAGCAAUUUGAAUUAGUACAGAUUUACUGCUGAGUUCCUUAAGCCUGGCUGAACAGCUUAAAAUGGGAUUUGUCCUCAUGCUAAUGAGGACCUGUACUCAGGCCAAGUACUACCUGCAGGAGGGAGUGAUGACAGAGAAAGUAUUGCCCAUAUGGCAGUGGCGGAGCCGCUUCAUCCACAAAGGAGGAAACAGCGGUGGUAGAGGGUGGAUUCAGGCAGCAGUGUUCAGAGCUGCACAUCCUGUUAUUUACCAACCUCACAAUCAUCU